AUGUGCCCGUCUGAGAUGGGGACGCCGUGGCACCACUGGUCCCCCGUGCUCAUCAGCCUGGCCGCCCUGUUCUCCAAAGUGACCGAAAGCCGAGGGGUCCUGGAGAGCAUCCAGAGGUUCUCCUUGCUGCCCACCUACCUCCCCGUGACCUACCACAUCAACAACGCCGACGUGUCCUUCUUCCUGAAGGAGGCCAACCAGGACAUCAUGCGCAACUCCAGCCUGCAGUCCCGCGUGGAGUCCUUCCUGAUUUACAAAUCCAAGCGGCUGCCCGUGCUGAACGCCAGCUACGGGCCCUUCUCCAUCGAGCAGGUGGUGCCCCAGGACUUACUGCUGCCCUCCAGCCCCUUCGGAUUCACCAACAAGUUUUCCCUCAACUGGAAACUGAAGGCGCACAUCCUGCGGGACAAGGUGUACCUGAGCCGGCCCAAGGUGCAGGUGCUCUUCCACGUGCUGGGCCGGGACUGGGCGGCGCAGAGCCCCGGCGAGAGGCUGCCCUGCCUGCGCGUGUUCGCCUUCCGCGAGACCCGGGAGGUGCGGGCCGGCUGCCGGCUGCAGGGGGCCCUGGGGCUGUGCGUGGCCGAGCUGGACCUGCUGGCCGCCUGGUUCGGGCCCCCCAGCGUGGUGGCCGGGAGGAAGAAGGCGCCCGGGCCGCCCGAGGGGAGCCCCGUGGAGCUCUACUACUCCGUGCAGCCGGGGGACGCGCGCGGGGACUGUGCGGCCGGCGACGUCCGGAAGGGCAACGCCAUCCGGCCGGGGAAGGACGGGAAGGAUGGGCUGGACGAGGCCGUGCCCCACCUGCAGAGGAUCGGGAGCGUCUUCCUCUACCAGACGGGCAGCAGACCCGCGCUGAGCGAGCUGCGUUUGGACAGCAACGUGGCCAUCCUGUACUCGGCCCGGACGGCGAGGCAGGGCGACGUGCUCACCUUCCCCGUGGCCGUGUCCCGGAACUGCAGCGCCGAUCGCUUCACGCUGAGGGCCAAGGUGCAGAAGGGCGUGAGCGUCGUGGGGGUGAGAGCCAGCAGCCCUUCCAUUUGGGAGGUCACGGAGGGCACGGACCACAGUGGCAAGUAUGCACCUGCUGUCAUCGUUUGUCAGAAGAAAUCUGCUGGCUCGGAAACCAGUGUGGAUGGACCCUCCUAUGAAGUCAUGCAGAUCGACGUGGAAAUAGAGGAGCCCAGUGACCUGCCAGCCACACAGCUUGUCACGUGGCAAGUGGAGUAUCCAGGAGAUGUCACGUCUGACUUGGGUGUCUCCAAGAUCUACGUGAGUCGCAAGGACCUGAUCGGCGUCAUACCCCUGGCCAUGGAGGCGGAGAUCCUGAACACCGCCAUCCUCACGGGGAAGACGGUGGCCGUUCCGGUCAAGGUGGUGUCGGUGGAGGAGGACGGCGCCGUGACAGAUCUGCUGACGUCCGUGGAGUGCCGGUCGUCCGACGAAGACGUCAUCAAGGUGUCUGACAGAUGUGACUACGUCUUCGUCAAUGGGAAGGAAAUGAAAGGCAAGGUGGAUGUGGUGGUGAACUUCACCUACCAGCACCUGAGCAGCUCCUUGGAGAUGACCGUGUGGGUGCCCCGGCUCCCGCUGCAGAUCGAGAUCUCGGACACCGAGCUCAACCAGAUCAAGGGCUGGCGGGUGCCCAUUGUCUCCAAUAAAAGGCCGGCUCGGGACAGCGAGGAAGAGGAGGACGACGACAGGAGGGCGGGUCGCGGCUGCACGCUCCAGUACCAGCACGCCAUGGUGCGGGUCUUGACGCAGUUUGUGGCCGAGGCGGCGGACCGGGGCGGACACCUGGCCCACUUGCUGGGCUCAGACUGGCAGGUGGACAUCACGGAGCUGGUGAAUGACUUCAUGCAGGUGGAGGAGCCCCGCAUCGCCAAGCUACAGCAGGGACAAGUCCUGAUCGGCCAGGAGCUUGGGAUGACCACCCUUCAGAUCCUGUCGCCUCUGUCAGAUGCCAUCUUGGCAGAAAAGACCAUCACCGUGCUGGAUGAGAAGGUGACCAUCACAGACCUCGGGGUCCAGCUGGUGACAGGGCUGUCACUCUCCCUGCAGCUCAGCCCAGGGAGCAACAGAGCUAUCUUUGCCACCGCAGCGGCUCAGGAGCUUCUGCAAAGGCCCAGACAGGAAGCGGCCAUCAGUUGCUGGGUCCAGUUCAGCGAUGGCUCCAUCACCCCCUUGGAUAUCUACGAUGGGAAAGACUUCUCCUUGAUGACCACCUCCCUGGACGAAAAGGUGGUCUCCAUCCACCAAGACCCCAAAUUCAAGUGGCCUAUCAUCGCUGCUGAAACCGAAGGGCAGGGUGCUCUGGUAAAGGUCGAAAUGGUCAUCAGCGAAUCGUGCCAGAAAUCCAAGCGGAAGAGUGUGCUGGCUGUGGGGACAGCCAACAUCAAAGUUAAGUUUGGCCAAAAUGAUGCGAACCCCAACACCAGUGACAGCAGACACACUGGGGCAGGAGUUCACCUAGAAAAUAACGUCAGUGACAGAAGACCCAAAAAACCCUUGCAGGAAUGGGGGACCCAGGGGAGUCAGUACUAUAGCAGUUCUUCCGUGGGCCUCAUGGAAGGAAGAGGGUCCACGACAGAGAGGUCAACCUUCCAGAGAAAGAAGAGCCAAGGAAGCCUUCUAGAUGAUGACAGCCACCUGCAGACCAUCCCCAUCGACCUCACCAGCUUCCCACCCCGGGGGGACCUGCCCAGAAGCAACGUGGAAACGGACGAGAAUGGCCUCACGCAGGCAUCCAAAGGGCUGAGUGACUUGGAGAUCGGGAUGUACGCGCUGUUGGGGGUCUUCUGCCUGGCCAUUUUGGUCUUCCUAAUAAACUGUGUGGCCUUUGCGCUGAAAUACAGGCACAAGCAGGUUCCCCUGGAGGAGCAAGAAGGUCUGAGUCACUCGCACGACUGGGUCGGGUUGAGCCACCGCUCCGAGCUGUUGGAGAACCACAUGAACUUUGCAUCCUGCCAGGACGAGCAGAUCACUGCCAUUGACAGGAGCAUGGAUUUCGAAGAGAGUAAGUAUCUGCUCAGCACAAACUCCCAGAAGAGCAUCAAUGGACAGCUGUUCAAAUGUUCGGGCCCCACCGUUGUGGACGGGAAGGAUCAGAGAAUCGAGCCCCCGACAUCCCCUACCUCAAAAAGGAAAAGAGUGAAAUUUACCACCUUCACCACCAUCCCCUCGGAUGAAGGAUGCCCCACCGUGAACUCCAUAUCGACCAGCGGUGAGGACAUGAGCUGGGUCUGCCAGGAUCUGGACCCGGGGGAAAGCAGACAGCCACACGGCUACAUGGAAAGGUUACGUGAGGAUGUGUAA